AUGUCCGACCGCAAAGACAUCGUCGAACAAGACAGCGAAAUGUGCGUUGACCACACAGAAGACGUCGAAGACGAAUUAAAAAUUGCCGAAGAAGAGAAGCAAGGUUCAUCUCAAAUGGAUCCACCCUCGUCACGGCCACCAACUACGGCAUUUGUGCAAGGAGUGACUGCGCAACAAAUGCCCUCAGCAGCUCCGGUUUUGUUUGUGCCUCCGCAGAUGUGCGCCCCUCCGCAAGUCGUUUGUCCGGGGAUGCAAAUAAUGCAAACGGCAAUGGCGACGAUCCGGCAGGAGAUCAACGAACUACGCAAGGAAAUCAAACUUCAUCGGCAAGAACGCAAGCGCAAACGUGCUGAAAAAGAAACUCACAUCUCGCGCAAAAAAAUGAAGGGCUCCGUAGACUAUUUGGUCGACCACUUCGAAGACUGCAUACUCACGGCAAAUGCUAAGCCAGAACGGAUCUCACGUCGCGGCUCAAGUCACCUUCAAAGAAGAACCAUCCACGUCCGCCAGCUACACCGCACCUAUGCAACUCCAGCCCAAACAUUCCGCCGAGCAAUUGUCUUUUUUGUAACGAGCAUCAUUGGUCCAACACAUGUUCGAGGUUUCCCUCUCUGA